AGACCGGGGUCAGAUUGCCGUGUAGUUUGCACGCUGGUGUCGGCUCCGGCAGACCGCCAUGUCACUGAUCACGUUGGAGUUUUUGCAGGAUCUGUUGAAGGAUGAAUAUGAAGAUGUCACCAUCACGGAGUACGAGGGAGCACCAAGUUCCAAGAGAGGAGACAACUACACGUCCAUGGUGUACAGAAUAACAUUGAAAGGGUCCCGUAAGCGAUCAGAUGAAACUGGUGAAAUUUUCGAGCCCUGGGAAGGCUCCCUGAUCUACAAAUGUCUGCCAGAAAGCAUUCUCCUUCGAGAAACCUUUAAAAGCGAGGAGCUGUUCUGCAACGAAGUCGCCUUCUACAAGAAAAUCUGGCCAGCGAUGGCCAAAUUCCAAAGCCAAUGGAACAUCGCUCAUCCCUUCAAAGCUAUCCCCAAAUGCUUCCUGGCGCGGAAUGAUCUGGUCAUCCUGAAGGAUUUGAAGGAAUUUGGGUUCGUGAUGCCCGACCGGAAGCAGGGUUUUACUAUAGAGCAGUGUUACUACGUGCUAAAACACCUGUCACAGUUCCACGCUCUCUCGCUGGGCAUGAAAUAUUAUGAUCCUGAAGGUUUCUUUGAUCUACUUAACAUGCAGGAUGGAAUUUCAGAAGUAUUUUUCGUGACGGAAAACGUUGAAUACUACAAAAGUUACUACACUGAAGCGAUAAACAAUGCAAUCUACAUGGUGGAAGAGGAACUCAAAGAUUCAGCUGACAAAGACAAAUACCUGGAGAAGCUGAAAAGCUUCUGUUCAGAGGAGACUUUCUUCCAAGAAAUGGUCGACAUGGUUAUUCCCAAGGAGCCUCUAGCAGUGAUUUGUCAUGGAGACUGUUGGACUAACAACAUCAUGUUUAGAUACGUCGAUGGAGACAUAGCAGAGAUGUACAUGUUAGACUUCCAAUUGGUGCGUUACGCGUCUCCAGCAAUAGAUCUAGCUUACCUGAUCUAUCUGUGCCUAGAUCGGGAGCAGCGGUCUGAACAUAAGGCAUCCCUGCUAGAGUAUUACAUAGAUGAGCUCCACAAACGACUGGUGGAAAUGAGCGACGGCACCAACAUCAUGGAGAAAGAGACGCUAUCUGAUAUGUUACAGGAGGAGUUCAGUCGGAUCAGCCGCUUCGGUCUUGGCACGGCGCUGGACAUGUAUCCCAUCAUGACCUGUGACAGCAACGAGGCGCCCAACUUAUACCAGGAGAAGGAAAGUUUUAUCCCAUCGCAUGACACGGCGAAACCAGUGUGGACGGACAAUGAGGCUUGUCGGAAGAAAAUGACUGAUUUAGUGAUAGAACUAGUGGACGAGGGACUUCUAUGAUAUUGUGUGAUCGAAUUUCUAUAAAUCUAUCAUGUCAAAUGUAAUGAUAAGUACAAAUGCAAAAAAAGUAUUUUUAUAAGAACAAUUAUUUUAACAUGGUCAAUAUUUUGAAGAAAUUGUCCUUUUACUACAAGCAAGUCUACUAAUAAAAAUAUUUAUCGAGAUUUGUCUGUAAUAUGAAUUUUGCUUAAAGUUAAGCAAACCUUGUAGGUUUAAAUACGCUGUGUAUUUUUUUUAAAUUAUAUCAUGAGGGCGGGAGAUUAGACAGUAACAAAAGGGUUUUUUUAUUAAUGGGUUCACCUGAGGCUACUUUAUAAACGAGAAAUAUCGCAUUUACUAUCAUUUAGUAAAUUAUUUUUACUAAGACCAACAUAAAAUUAUACCCUAUUUAAUAUACACAUUGU